AUGAUUUUCAAGAAUGCGAUCAUAAUCACCGAACAUCACAUCUUAUUGGGAGAAGCGAUCUUGCUCCCGACGAUUCAGUUGGCGCAUCCUGAAUUGGUCCAAGUACUUUGGGGAUACGCUACAAUAAAGACUGACUUGCUUACGCAUAAAGAAGAAUUUGGGAACGAAAGAGACAAGCUGAACAUGCGAGCGGUAGCACCCGUGAGAACCUCGCUAGGUGUUGGACGACGAACUCCAGAGAGCUGUCAAAAGGACUUUGACAGUGCUGAGGAAACGCUUUUCUGCGUUUCUGUCGGCUCCUUUGCACCCCGCGACUUUUUCUUUGCCUUCGAUGGGGUCAAAUGCUUCUCACCACGAUCUUGA